UAUUUUUUUUUUCGUGUGGCCUAUGGCUGAGUAGUCAAAACCCCUCGCUCAUUGAAAUAUUUGUUGAUUAACGGUUGAGAGACGACGACCUUCUAUACCAGUGUGUAUAAAGGUUCUUUGGAAGGCGUUUGGGAGAUCUUGAAAUAUUUUUUUUACAUUUUACGAAUUCUUUGAUCUUCACUGGAGAUCCAACUGAUCAAUUAUCACAGUCAUGAAGCUUCUAGGGGCCUUUUUUUGCGGAUUGCUGUGUGCUUCGGCCGCCGUUGGAGAUGGCCUGAAGUGUACAUUGAAGCCUGCUGAUAUACCAUCGGACUGGCUGGACAUGGUGGAUCCUUGUAUUAAAAUCAUGGAGCAUCAGAUUCAAACGGAAAUUCAGGCUGCUAUGACGUACUUGGCAAUGGGUGCCCAUUUCGCGAGAGAUACAGUCAAUCGUCCGGGCUUCAGUAAGUUCUUCUUCGAAGCAGCAAGUGAAGAGCGUGACCACGCCUUCAAGAUCAUCGAGUAUUUGCUGAUGCGUGGUCAGCUCACCACUAACGUCCCCAAUCUCUUGAAAUUCCCACUGAAACCUCCUCGUGAAGACUGGUCAAGUGCAGUAUCUGCACUCAACGAUGCCCUGAUCCUGGAAGCCAAAGUCACCAGCAGCAUCCGCGAAAUCAUUAAGACCUGCGAGACACCCAAGACGUCAGACUUCAACGAUUACCACCUCGUGGAUUACCUCACCGGUGACUUCCUUGAGGAGCAGUAUAAGGGCCAACGUGACCUAGCCGGCAAGAUCUCCACCUUGGGUAAGAUGAUGAUCAAUCACGGCCCGCUGGGUGAAUUCCUCUACGACAAGCAGCUCCUGAAGGAUGAACUCUGAGAUUGUUCAUCUCACAGCAACAAAUCGUGAAGGGAAAACUAUUCCCAUCGACCGACUUAUUUUUCAAUCAAAAAACAAAAUUCCACUUUUAUUUUUUUUGGUAAAUUUGUGAACCAAUACUCAGAUUUAAUACUUUUCUAGUUAAAAAAUUAGAAUAUCUUGGAGUCAAUUACGUUAAUCUUCCUGCGAACAAAUUUUCUCGUCAUAUGUAGCUGAUAAUUCCAGAAUUUGCUGGAUGAUCAAAUUUAUGAUGUAAUUAUUGUAUCAUUAAAUAAUGUAACCGUUAACAAAUACGUUGAAUUCAUAAAUAAAGGCACAAAUAUA